AUGGCGUUGGUAGAGAUACCAGGGGUGGUUGCAAUGGUAGUGGUGGUGGUAGCGGUACUAGUAGUGAUAACCAAUGGUGACAACAAAGAUGGUAUUGACAGUAGCGAUGGUAGUAGCAAUGACGGUGGUAAUAUCAGUGGCGAUGGUGGUGACAACAAUGUUGGUAGUGGUGGUUGGGGUAGCAGUGGUAACAAUGACGACAACAAUGAUAGUAAUGUUGGUUACGAUGGUGGCGACAGUGACUACGGUGCUAGUGACAAUGACGAUGGUGGUGAUGAUGAUGGUAGCAGUGCUGGUAUUGGCCACCAACGAUGGAAGUGCGGUGGUGGUAGUUAUGAUGACAAUGACGGAGGUGAUAUUCGUGGUGGUGAUAAUGACAGUGCUACUGGCGGUGUUGGUAGCAGUGGCGAAGGUGAUACUGGUAGUACCGGUGACAAGAAAAAGUGA